GGGGAGGAUAUUCAGACCAAUAACACAAGGCCCGUAAUUCAACAAGACGCGCUCAUGGCAACACGCACUGUCACUGAUUUUUGGGGAUUCCAAGCCUUUUUUAUUUAAAGUUUUACCUCGCACAGGAACUAUGUUACGCAGCAACAUUCAAGUUCGAGAAACAAUAGAACUCCUCUGUAGAAUACUUGCAGAGAACGGAACAACACCGAUCCGAGCAGAAAUACUCCGGAAAGCAAAGUUUGACAGUUUGGAGGAGAGUACACCUCUUUGGCAGCUUCUUUAUGAACUUAUUCGUCUUUGUGAAAAUGGAUGCAUCAAUACCCAAACUCCAGUGACUCUAACGACGCCACUUGCAGAAGAACAUGUAAUAUAUGUGAAGAAGGAAAUGCAAAAACGAGGUUAUCUUUGUCUGGAGUUCGCCAGUUUACCAACCAGCUUUAGACAAGGCAGUCGGGAGUUGUUAUUGGCUUUUGCCUGGUUGUUGUUUAAAGAAGACAUAAUAGGCAGAUUGACCAGGAACCGCGUGUCAUCUGUUCACAGUGAUCUGGUCUCUUUAUUUGAGAAUGUUGAAGACAGUAGCACUUACAAAACUUGUGGGAACCAUGGUGAAAAACACAGCAGUCCUGCUGAACAUAUCCAGCAGCUUUUAACAUUAAACCAUAAGCUGCAAAUGUAUAUACGGCUGUUACACGCAUCACAUUUGGAGUAUGCUAGACUGUCCUACAAGGUCCACAGUGCCACAUAUGGGUUUUUUUUAACACCUGGUCACAAUCAUCUAUCUACAAAAGAAACAUAUUGUCUUCGGUAUCCCAGAGAAAUGAAAAAGAUGUUGCUGUUGCUGAAACAAGACAGCAGUCACAUGGAGAAUUUGCUUCUCUGGGGAGAAAAGGAACACAUGUUCUGGGAGUGGAUGGAGAGUGUUGUGGACCUGAAAGAAUACCCCAAUACUGACUUCCUUCUGGUACAUAACCCUGAAUCAGCAGUUUACACUGAUGUCCCACCAUCUGUACUUGCUGAUAUUGUGGCACAUAAGAAAAGUGUGGCAGAAACUAUUCUUCGACAUGAAUUAACUAUUGAGAGACUGGAAAGCCUUUCAGGUGUGAAGGAAGCAACACUUAAUGACUUGGAGCUAAACAGACUUUUGAAAUCAGUUGGUGAAGAAGUAAUGCUACUACAGUCUUGUUUGGGUCAAGAAAUCUUGAAGGAGCCCCUCAUUGGCCACGGUCUAACAUCAAUGCUGGUGAAAAAUAGUUGUGGUAACAGCAAACAUGCAGCAAAGGAGUCAAAUGUAUUCAGUGCUGACAAUCUCUGUGACGAUAGGGUGCAAUCGGUACAUGCUGGACUAAAACAGCUGAAUGAAGAAAAAUGCAUUUUGGCAGAAGACCUCCAUUUACUUCGUCAACAUUUUCUGCAGCAGCUGACCAGAACUGAAUGUGCAACUCUCAAUGCUGUGUGUGUUAUCCCAAACUGUUUAAGAAGACGUUCAGUCAAGCCAUUGCCUGCACAAACCUCAUAAGAAAGUUAAAACAUGUAUAAUGUAGUAUAUCUUCAAUUUUGACCAUUUCAGCAGGUUUUGCUUCUGUUACAGUUUAUUAAUUUAUGUGUAUUUGAUGCUGUUUUAACUUUUUAUUGUUUUAUGAGGCAGCUAUGUCUUCAGCUCAGGAAGCAGAAGACUGAGUUUUUAAAACACUGGCUCUGUAGAUGUGUACUGCAGCAUAAUUCCCCAAGCUGUUAUCAUGAUUAUAUUCACAAUGUGAAUCUUGACAUGUUUCAUUCUGAGUCAUUCUCAGUAUUUUUGUGAUUUGUCAGUUGUGAGAAUGUUAAGCGUUCUACCUGCUGGUGCCAGUUUUGCAUGAAAUUCAAAGUCAAAACCUGAAUUUCUUCAACCGAAGCAAACAUGAUUUGUUGAUUUAGAAAGCAUUUCUAUAAGCACGAAGAAGCUUACAGUCUUCAUGUAGGCAUAAAACAGCUCGCGAAUAGAUUGUUGAAAGUUUAGAAAUAAUCUGGAUGAAAGACAGUGACCAGACCACAUAAAGCUACUUAUCACAUACAUACGUGUUCAAAAGCCCUAGGACUAAACCAGUAAAGGGCAUAGUUGGUGACCUGAAAGGAGCAGACAGAAUUCCCCUUAUGUAAUAUUUGUCAUCAGAUAAUUGUAGUGACAUUUGACAAUGUCAACUGCUUGAUGGUCUGUAGGUCUCCUUAGGCCGAGUAGUAGUGAAGAAAACAUUUAAACAGUGUUGUCAAGGUUUUGUGGAUGAUGAUUCCUUAAAUUUGAGUGAUGAUAAGAUGGAAGUGUUAAUUGUUUUGUGCUAAGCAUUAACUGACUGCUAUAAUAAUACUAAUACUAA